UAACUCUGGUACGCGUUAGAACCCACAGUUCGCCAGACAGAAAACCUGUUAAAAUGGUGAGACUUAACAUAGAAAUGACUUUGGAGACUCUACUGAAGGCGGCGAGAAGAAGGAGAAGGAAUGAGGAAAGGGAAUACCUUCAGGAUUUUUCUGAUACCAGCGGUAGAGAAGUUGUGGAAGUUCCCGCACAGGCUGAGCAUUCUUACGGUCAACUUACAGAAGGAGUUAUCUACUGGGUGUAUGAGAAGAUUGCGGAUUUGACCUUGAGAGUCUUGGAAGAAUUGUUUGACUUUGUGGAGGCAGCUAUUUUAAAAAUAGUUGGUGUCGCUAAAAAUGCUGUGGAGUGUUUUAUGCGAGACUUUAAAGUGCAAUGUGCCGCAUUGGAUGCAUUUGUGGAAUUUUUAACGACUCGUUUGGGAUUUCAACUGGAAAUGUAAUUAUUUCUGCGGCUCAAUAAAUUCCAUUCCAUGCUAAAUCAUGCUAAAAACUGCUUUAA